AUGUCGACUGAAAAUAACGUUAAGAAUUUAUUACUUAAAGUUUCAUAUAAUGUUCAUAUAUUUUAUUACCCAUGGUAUGGCAAUCCAACCACUGAUGGCAAGUAUAUUCACUGGAAUCACGAGUACCUACCCCACUGGAAUAAGGAAAUUGCGGCACAGUAUAAAAAAGGGCUUCAUGUCCCCCCGGAUGACAUAGGAUCAGAUUUCUACCCAGAGCUGGGGUGUUAUAGUUCCUCGGAUGAUGGGACAAUUAGGGAACAUAUGCGACAAAUCAUGACAUCUGGGGCUGGGGUGGUUGUGGUAUCUUGGUAUCCUGAGGGUACAGCUGAUCAACAAGGGAUACCCGUUGAUAGACUUGUACCAAAGCUUCUUGAUAUAGCUGCUGAAUUUGGACUGAAAGUUACCUUGCACAUUGAGCCUUACAAAAACCGCAACGAACGGACGGUUCGUGAUGAUGCUAUAUACAUUCAUAAGAGGUAUGGCAAACACUCAGCAUUUUAUAAAUACAAAACAAAAGACAAUCGUUACUUACCUUUGUUGUAUGUUUAUGACUCCUAUCAUACAAAGCCCCAUGAUUGGGCAAAUUUACUAAAACCUGAUGGAAAAUACACUAUAAGAAAUACACCCUAUGAUUGUGUUAUGAUUGCUUUAAUGGUCGAGUUUACGCAUAAGGAUUAUAUCGACAUAGGUGGAUUUGAUGGUUUCUUUACAUACUUUGCCGUCAAUGGUUUUACAUAUGGUUCAAGGUGGAAUGCUUGGUCAAGACUCAAGUCCUUUGCAAUUCAAACAAAUACAAUUUUUAUUCCAAGCGUAGGACCAGGUUACAUUGAUACAAACAUCCGUCCUUGGAAUUAUGCUAAUACUAGAUCAAGGGAGAAUGGAGAGUAUUAUAAAAAGAGUUUCCAAGCUGCAUUGUCUGUUCAACCACCUUUAAUUUCUGUGACAUCUUUUAACGAGUGGCAUGAGGGAACGCAAAUUGAACAAGCUGUUCCAAAAUCGAUAAAUGGGUUUAAGUACAAUGAUUAUUCACCUAAUGAACCAAAUUAUUAUCUUAAGUUGACUAGAAAUUAUGUAGAAAUGUUUGAAAAGUGGGAUGAGAGAUGA